AUGGAUUCAUCUGCCAACCUCAAUAGGAAUGCUCAAGAGGGCGUGUGGCUAGGAGGAGGAGCGGUGCAUCACAGCAGUUUGAGUCCAAAUCCUGCCGCUCUUCAGUACGCAACUUGCCCGGGCAAUGCCUCUGAUCUCUCAAACGAGGCGCAGUUUCAUCAUAACAACGACGCUCUCUCGGAUGCGAGUGCUGCUGGCUAUGAGAAUCCAUCAGCAAACCAUCUCUACUCGGAUGCGAUCAACAUGCAGGUACAUUCUCGCUCUGCUCCUGCCCAACGAUAUCAACAUUCCUCGGCACUCACCACACCAACCAUGGCUGAGCAAGCAGCUUACGAUCACUCUCGAGGCUACAUCAACAGCGCCAUUACCAAUGCCACCUCCUCCUCCACCGACAUUCCUUCUUCCACUACACGGUACAGCACGCAAUCCGCCUCCACCUUGCCUCCGGCUCCAUUCGACACAAGCAUACCCACCUCCAGCACCGCCUCGACGUUCAACAACCAACCUGCCCCCUCCUCUACCACUUUAGCUGGGCCUAUAAUGGAAGACAUCGUACCCACAUCUUUCGACGAAGGCCUGCUUAGGUCUCUCUGCGACAUUGAUUGUGCAAUGCCUCUCCUCUUUGGUCGGAUCAAACAAAGUAUGCUUUCUGCAAGAGAAGCUUCGCUAUUUCUCAAGAAAAGAGCUCUCAUUGAAGAAGAGUAUGCUCGCAGUAUGGCUAAACUGGCACGCAGCACAUUCGAGACCUAUUCCCUUUCCGAUGCUAAAGCGGGAACAUUCGUCAAAAGUUGGCAUAGCAUGCUUAAAACGCACGAGACCAUUUCAGACAACAGGUUGCGCUUUGCAGGCAAGCUUAGCGAGAUGUCGGAUGAACUCAGCAAUUUGGCCAAAGAGGUGGAUAAGAGUAGGAAGCAAGCGCGCGAGACAGGAAUGAGGUUGCAGAAGAACCUACAAGAUGCAGAAACAGGCGUGGACAAGGCGAGAGCAAGGUUCGACACAGCAGCUGAAGAUUUGGAGCGCCUACUCUUGUUAAAGAGUGGAGAGAGUACCAAGACUGGAGAGAUACAGAGUUCAGGAGGAGGAGGAGGAGGAGGAGGAGGAGGAGGAGGAGUCGGGAGUGGUAAGCGAACGCUUGGCAAAGCGAUAGGUAAAAGUGGCUUGCUGUUUAAGAAUAAGAAUCCGCAGCAGAUUCUCAAACAAGAAGAGGAGAUCAGGGCGAGGACGAGUAGUGCGAGUGAUGCGUUUAGGAGGGAAGUCUUGAAUACCCAAGGCGUCAGGCAGGAGUAUUUCAAUCUGCAGUUGCCCAGGAUAUUGAGGACCUUGAAGGAGAAUGCCGACGAGAUUGACAAUGGCACACAGUAUCAUUUGGCUAGAUAUGCCUUCUUGUAUGAGAGUACCGUGUUGAACGAUGGUAUGGCCAUCAGUCCCGUUGGCAGCGAGGUGGCGGCCAGUAGUGGCUUGAAGCGUGCCGUGGAGAGGAUCGAUAAUAGAGCUGAUUUUAAACAGUAUAUGGCCAACUAUCAGGUGGCGCAUGGAAGGGAUUAUAAGGCUCCUCGAAGGCAAGGUCCCUAUGAAGAAGGAUUUCUCAACACUCCUGGUACGGCUAAAUCUUCCGCUGGUGGUGUAAGUGGUGGUGGUGGUGGUGUAAGUGGUGGUGGUGAUGUAAGUGGUGGUGCAGGCAACGAUCGCGCUUCCAUCGUCUCUGAUCGACCUAUCUUCGGCGUUGAUCUAGCAGAACAGAUGGCUCGGGACAAGGUCGAGGUUCCAGCGAUCCUGGAGAAAUGCGCGACAGCAAUCGAAGAAAUGGGAAUCGAAAACAUGGGCAUCUAUCGACUUUCCGGGACGACGUCUAAAGUUCAACGACUCAAAGCGAGUUUCGAUGCGGAUUGGAGGCAAGUGGAUCUGUUCAAGGAUGAAGCUAUGCAGGAUAUCAACAUUGUUGCUGGAUGUCUCAAGUUAUGGUUCCGGGAGUUACCGGAGCCUUUAUUGACGCACGAGUUGUAUUCCUCGUUCAUAGAGGCGGCAAAAAUCGAUAACGACAGGUUAAGGCAUAUCAGGUUACAUGAACGAGUUAAUGAACUGCCGGAUGCAAACUAUGCGACACUCAAGUAUCUCAUCCGUCACUUGCACAAGGUGACCGAGUUGCAACAUUUGAAUCAGAUGUCAGCCAGUAAUCUGGCCAUUGUUUUUGGUCCAACGCUUUUAUCGCCUCCUCCAGCUGGCUAUGAGGAUCGCACUACUACCGCUGCCAACGCUAGUGCAGGGGGAAUUCAGCUUCACGAUAUGACCUUUCAGUGCAGAGCCGUCGAGACCAUUUUGCACAAGUACAGGGAGAUUUUCGUUGAUGACGGUGACGAGUAA